GUGAUCGGCCUCCAGAAGUAUCCCACAAUGCCUGUUCUAGCCACUCUGGUCAUCACUUUGAACUCUACUGCCCUGCCCUAAGGUAACCAACAGUCAGACUCACCCUUUAAAUUCUCUGGGAAUUUUGAAAAUCCCCUUCCUGUUUGCUCAGCCAGGCGUGGAGUGCUCUCAGCGAAUCUUUCCAGGUGACCAUGCCUUCACGCACCAGGAGAUCCCCAGUAUGGAGCAAUGGUGAGGUGCUGGACCUCAUCAGUGUUUGGGGGGAGGAAGCUGUCCAGUCCCAGCUGUGCUCCAGCCGCAGGAAUUACGAUAUCUUCGGGCACAUAUCAAGGGCCAUGCUGGAAAGGGGCCAGGACCAGGACACACUGAAGUGCAGGGUUCAAGUGAAGGAGCUGUGGAAUGCCUACCGCAAAGCCCAAGAGGCAAACAGCAGCUCCGGUGCUGCCCCUGCGACCUGCCAUUUUUACAAAGAGCUGGACGCGAUACUCGGGGACGACCCCACCUCCAUGCUGAGUACCACCCUGGACACCUCAGAGGCCAGUGCAACAAGGCAGGAGGAGGAGGAGCAGCAGCAAAGCGGGAGUGAGGGUGCUCUGGUGGAGGAAGACACCUCGGAAUCUCUAGAUGCAUGCAGCCAGGAGCUGUUCUCAAUCCAGGAGGAAGGUAGCCAGUUGCGGCGGCUGGUGCUUGGGGAAGGACAAACACCAGAGGAGGUUCCUAAUGCAACCUUGAGAUCUCAGCCAUCUGUGUUAUCACCAGCCGAGAGGCUAUCUCAAAGCUCCGUCCAUACUAGUACUCAGGUUUUACCUGUUCAGAGCAAGGUUUUGGACAUGGUAGUAAACAUGGCUGAGCCUUAUCUGCACCAGUUCUCUCACUGUCAGCAGCUGAAAAACAGGAACUAG